AUGGCCAAAGUCAAAGAAACGGCUCGGCCGAGUAAUCUGAGCGAAGAAAGAGUUCAGGACUCUAGCGACGAAGAACCGAGCUCGGUGACAAAGUCGACACCAAGACAAAAGCCACAAGCAAAAGUUUCUAAGAAGCCCAAACAGAAAUCACCAACUCCAGAGUCCGAAGAAGGAUCGACAGAUGCGUCUUCGGAUAGUGACACCUCCGAUGAGUCUGAAGAUGAGUCGGACUCGAGCCCAACAUCAAGCCAACAGAAGAGAACUGCACCAUCUAUCAUGGAGUCUCCUAAGAAGAAGCCUAAGACGGCACCGACAUCUGCUGCUGUGCAAAUUGCGCCCAAAGCCUUCAAACCACCGCAGGGGUACGAGCCAGUUGCUGUGUCCGCGUCUGAUUACGCCUCCGAAGUAGGCACUUUGUUCGACGACCUGUCUUCAAAGCAGAUUUGGCAUAUCUCCAUUCCUGACAGCGUGUCGAUUGAAUCGAUCAGGGAACUUGACAUCAAAGCUGCGACGGCAGGAGAACCAGUUCUUAGCAAGGACGGUGUCAACUAUAACCUGAAAUCUAUGGAGUCCAACGACGAAGUUGUUUUCCUGCCACAUGGGAAAACAAUGCGUUACCAACAAAACACAAAGAGGGUUGAGCAAAGCUUUGUCCUCCAGGAGAUGAGUGACGCUCCAAAGUCGAAGAAAGAUGCAUCAGUGAUCUUCACCGCGGCCGAUACAGGAAAGCCUAAACCAGUACGACAACAGCCCGGUGGCUUGAAGAUGCGCUACGUUCCGUAUGGUGCUCCUGCUCUUCCUGAAUCACCUGAAAUUGAAGAUGCGGAUAUCGAGAUGAAAGACACUCUCGACCUCCCAGCAGAACUGGAGCCGACGUCGUCCCAAUCAACGACUAAAAAAUCAAAGCACAGCUCACAAGAUGCUGUCAAUGGCAAGAUGCCGGAGAAGAAGAAAAAGAAGAAGGACGUUCAGGUUACGAAUGAACAAGCGUCGCCUGAAAAGAAGAAGAAAAAGAGACGGCAUCUGGUUGACGAGAAUGUCUUGUAG